AUGUUAUAUUUAAUACUUUUCCUUAUCGCUCCCAUCUAUGCUGGGGUUUUACUUCCAACAAAACCUUCAAUUGAUCCUUUCUACAAUGCUCCUGAAGGUUUCAAAAAUGCUACUGUUGGAGAUAUCUUACAAUUUAGAAAAACUCCAAAAUCAAUCACUGGUGGGUUUGUUCCGCUCAAUGUCCAAAAUUCAUGGCAAUUUUUAGUUAGAUCCGAGGAUUCAUUUGGUAAUCCAAAUGUCAUUGUCACUACUGUUAUUGAACCAGUCAACGCUGAUCCAUCCAAGAUUGCUUCCUACCAGGUUUCUGAAAACGCUGCUAGAGCUGAUUGUGCCCCAUCGUAUGCCCUUCAAUUUGGCUCUGAUGUAAGUACUUUAGCCACCCAGGCUGAAACGUAUUUAUUGGCACCAUUGUUGGACAAAGGAUAUUAUGUUGUGUCUCCUGAUUAUGAAGGACCUAAACUGACAUUCACUGUCGGUAAACAAUCUGGCCAAGCUGUGUUGAACUCCAUUCGCGCAAGUUUGAAGUCAGGAAAAAUCACUAAUAUUGCUGAAGAUGCCAAAGUUUUAAUGUGGGGGUAUUCUGGUGGAUCAUUAGCUUCGGGAUGGGCAGCUGCUUUACAACCAGACUAUGCACCUGAAUUGAGUAGAAAUUUGUUGGGUGUUGCUUUAGGUGGAUUUAUUACUAACGUCACCGCUACAGUAGAAGCUACUGAUGAUACUAUCUUUGCUGGAAUUGCAGCUAAUGUUUUGGGUGGUAUCGCAAACGAAUAUCCAGAGUUCAAAUCAAUCUUGCAAAAUGAUACCAAUAAACUGUCGAUAUUCAAUAAAAUCAACAAUCACUGCUUGACAGAUAGCUUUAUAAAGUAUGUGGGAGCUAGAUUUUUAACUGGUGACAACAAGGUUUUCAAAUCUGGUUGGAACAUCUUCAAAAACUUGGUAGUGUCUAAGAUCGUUAAAGAUAACGGAUUGGUGUAUCAAAAACAAUUAAUUCCUACAAUACCUGUGUUCAUCUACCACGGUUCAAUGGAUCAAAUUUCUCCAAUUUUGAAUCCAAAGAAAACCUAUCAAAAUUGGUGUGAUGCUGGUAUUUCCUCUAUAGAAUUUGCUGAAGAUUUGACAAAUGGACACUUUACUGAAUCCAUUGUUGGUGCUCCUGCUGCUUUGACUUGGAUUAUCGACAGAUUUUCUAACAAACCACCUGUAGAUGGCUGUCAACAUGUUGUGAGAACUACCAACUAUGAAUACCCAAACGUUUCCUCUUCAAUACUUGACUAUUUUAAGGCAGCAAUGGAUGUCGUUGCACAACAAGGGCUUGGUCCUAAUAUUCAAAAGGAUCAACUUGAAAUUAAAAGUAAUUUAUAA